ACAAAAAAAAGACAAAAACAAGUUGACGCAGUAAACAAGGGGUUAAAUCGUCGGUUGCAGCUCACGGCGUGAGGCACCUGUCGCUGUUGUCAUGAGACGUGCGCCCCACUCGGUGCUGAGAGGAACUGCAGCAGCGCUCGCGUCAUCACAGUGUGGUGGUGAGUCCCCGCUGCUGAACAUAUCACAACCCAGGCGAGGGUCGGAUGUGAGCGGGGAGCGGUCUGUCUAGGUUCUUCUGCUCAUGAUGAUGGAGCCGGUUAAUCACAUUAACAUCGUAGUGAUGGACAACAUUAGCACCAAUGGAAUGCCCAGGCCAAAGGUCGUCGGAACCGAAGAGCAGCCGAAGCAGCCGCGCGGAUCCACCGUGAGCUUCCACAACAUCAACUACAAAGUUCAGCUGAAGACAGGCUUCCUCUGCAAGAGGACCGUCACGACCAAGGAGAUCCUGGUGGACCUCAAUGGGAUCAUGAGGCCGGGCCUGAACGCUAUUCUUGGACCCUCCGGUGGUGGAAAGUCUUCGUUUCUGGAUGUUCUUGCUGCGAGGAAGGACCCAUCCGGCCUCUCUGGAGAAGUCCUCAUCGAUGGAGCGCCUCAACCUCCCAACUUCAAGUGCCUGUCUGGUUACGUCGUUCAGGAAGACGUGGUCAUGGGAACACUGACCGUCAGAGAGAACCUGUGCUUCUCAGCUGCGCUUCGACUUCCCACUUCAGUUCCACAGACAGAGAAGCAGGCUCGAGUGAACCACCUCAUCAAAGAGCUGGGCCUCACCAAGGUGGCCGACAGCAAGGUGGGCACACCACUGACUCGGGGAAUCUCUGGUGGGGAGAAGAAGAGGACCAGCAUCGGCAUGGAGCUGAUUAUUGAUCCCUUAGUUCUCUUCUUGGACGAGCCGACGACUGGUCUGGAUGCGAGCACCGCUAACUCUGUCCUGCUGCUGCUGAAAAGGAUGGCCAACCAGGGGAGAACUAUAAUCAUGUCCAUCCAUCAGCCGCGAUACUCCAUUUUUCGAUUGUUCGACUCACUCACUCUGCUGGUCAGUGGCAAGAUGGCGUACCAUGGCCCGUCACCCAACGCUCUGGACUACUUCAGCAACAUUGGAUAUUCCUGCGAACCCCACAACAACCCGGCAGACUUCUUCCUGGAUGUUAUUAAUGGGGAUGCUGGCUCGAAUGGGGUCUGCGUCUCCAAGGAGAACAACUCUGACGAGUUGGAGUUUGAGAAUCAGAAGGGCUCCAGGCAGAACAUCGUCCGACACCUGCUGGAUUGCUACAAGAACAGCAGCUACUACAGGGACGUUCAGUCGGAGCUGCAGCGAAUCGUCCAGACUCAACCCAACCACUUUCGGACGACCUUCAGUUUCAACUACAAUAACUCCUUCUUCCACCAGCUGCGGUGGGUUCUCAAGAGAACCUUCCAGAACCUCCUGCUGGACGCGCAGACGUCUGUCUCCCAGGUGGUCGUCCACAUUUUCUUGGCUCUUGUUGUCGGAGCCAUUUUCUUCGACGUCAAAGAGGAUCAGAGUGGAAUCCAGAACAGGAUGGGAGCUCUUUUUUUCAUCAGCACCAACCAGUGUUUCAGCACGGUGUCGGCCGCUGAGCUCUUCAUCAUCCAGAGGAAGCUGUUUCUGCACGAGUUCAUCAGUGGCUACUACAGAGUGUCUGUCUACUUCCUGUCCAAGGUCAUGGCGGACUUCGCUCUGCGCUCUGUCACCUCUGUGCUCUUCAGCAUCGUCAUCUACUUUUUGAUCGGGUUGAAGACCUCAGUGGAGGCGUUCUUCAUCUUCACUCUGACGGUGACCCUGCUGGCGUACACAGCCACGGCGCUGACGCUCGCCAUCGCCGCCGACCAGACGGCUGUGGCUCUGGCCAACAUCUUGAUAACCAUCACGUUCAUCUUCAUGAUGAUUUUCUCUGGCCUUCUGGUCAACCUGCCCAGCAUCCAGGACUGGCUCUCCUGGCUCAAGUACUUCAGCAUCCCUGGAUACGGUCUUGCUGCUUUAAACAUCAACGAGUUUGUGGGACUAAACUUCUGCGGGGAGUCCGUCACCAAAAACGCCAACGUGUCCUCACUGAUGUUGAACUGCAGCGCCAGCACGCCCGCUUUGACAUGCACUGGAGAACAGCAGCUGGAUUAUUUAGGCAUUGAGUUCAGCACCUGGGGGCUUUGGCAGAACCAUGUCGCCCUGGUUGUCAUGACCCUCAUCUUUCUUACCAUCGCCUAUUUAAAGCUGCGUUUCCUCAAGAAAUUCUCUUAAAAUGUUUGCUUUUUGCAUAAUACCCUCAACUGCCCUCUUGACUUUUGAUUUGACAGAAUGAUGGAGGGUCGUACACUGUGUCCAAGUCCAACAUCAAACCAAUAAACUAGACCACCAUGAUGCCACAAUUUUUGGUAAACAAGGCACCAAUGAUGCUGAGACUUUUAGCAGACAACAUCACUGAGAUGCUCCAAGACUUUUGGUAAACAAGGCACCAAUGAUGCUGAGACUUUUAGCAGACAACAUCACUGACAUGCUCCAAGACUUUUGGUAAACAAGGCACCAAUGAUGCUGAGACUUUUAGCAGACAAGAUCACUGAGAUGCUCCAAGACUUUUAGGGAACAGGGCGACAAUGAUGCCAAGACUUUUAGCAGACUAGAAGACAAAGAUGUUCCAAGACUUUUAUAAAACAAGACCUCAAUGAUUCCUAGACUUUUAGCAGACUAGAAGACAAAAAUGUUCCAAGACUUUUAUAAAACAAGACCUCAAUGAUUCCUAGACUUUUAGCAGACUAGAAGACAAAGAUGUUCCAAGACUUUUAUAAAACAAGACCUCAAUGAUUCCUAGACUUUUAGCAGACAAGAUGACCAUGAUGUUCCAAGACUCUAACCAAACAAGCCAACUGUGAUACCAGAACCUUCACAAAAUGUAACAGCAACGUCGCCAUUUUUAAAAUCACAAUAACAGUAUUAAGACAAAGCAUUAUGCCAUGUCAAACCUCCAGUUUACACAUUUUACGGGCAACAUUUUUAUGAAAUUCUAACCCUGUGCAUGUCUGUUUUAUUCAGCUUUGAAAUACCAGUUUUGUGUUUUCACUUUUGAAUAUAUUUGUAUAAAACUUGCAUUUGUCCUUCAGCAGUAUUUUAUCUUAGCGGUGUGAGUCUUAAAAUCAUGUUAUUAUAAUCAUUAUUCUACACUUCUAUGUUAAGUUAGCAUCAACAUUUAUUUUAUUUUAGUUGAUGUAAUUCAUAGGCCCUGUUCUUUUAUAUUAUUGUUGAAAUUUUACAUUUGCUGUCACAGUCCUGAAUAAAAUAAUUAGGAA